AUGAUCCCGGCCAUGCGGCCAUUCUUUGAUAUCUCAAAUCAGGUUGCGACCCUGCGGAGUCUUCGGUCCUUGGUCCUGGACGGCAAUCCCUGCGUUGCGGCGCUGUCAGCGGCACAACUGAGGCAACUGGCAAGACCUGGUCGCGUAGCUGGUCAAAGUCCGGCGCAAGUGAUUGCUGGUUACUUGAACCCCGCAGCUGCACCAGCGCCACCUCGUGCUGACGCGGUGAAACCUUGCCGGGUCAGCCACUUUGAUGACGACGAUGAUGUGGCACCUGUGGCACCACCACCACCUCCACCGCCGGCGGAGGACCGCAGCCCGCCUGCUGAGGGACUACGCUUUGCGCAGACUGCCAGUCCAAGCCUGGAGACCGGUGCAGGCGCUUCGAAACCGUCGUGGCUCUCGGACCGCGGCAGUCUGGCCGCCACCUUGCCCUCGCGCCGCGGGAUGGGAGCCUUAAACCAGGAGGACGAGGCUUCCGAUCUGAAGAAUCAGUUGAAGGAGGAGCAGCGUCGAAGCAAGCGCCUGGAGCAACAAGUGGAACGUUUGGGGGAGAGACUUCGAGAACAAAGUAUGACCGGCUCCUCAAAGGGAUCGUUGCCGCAUUUCGAGAUGGUUGAGGUCCAACUGGGAGAGAUCCUGAACCAGGGUGGCUUCAGUGUGGUCCACAAAGGAAGUUGGCACGGGACCAAGGUGGCCGUGAAGAAGCUCUUUGAUCCCAACAUCAGCCACGAGUUGCUGGCAGAAUUCGAUAACGAGGUGCAGAAGUUGGAGAUGCUCAGGCACCCCAAUAUCCUGCAGCCAUUGGCCUUGCAUCGGAAACCACCUGCACUGUGUUUGAUUAUGGAACUGCUGGAGGGAGGCUCAUACUAUCAGCUGCUGCAUGCCCCGCACCAGUUCUGUUCGGCCAUUGGGCCCGUCUCUUUGGGAUUUCCAGAGAACAUGAACAUCUUGGACCCCGCAGCAACUGCCUUGGCCUUUCUUCAUGCCAGAGGCAUUGCUCAUCGGGACAUCAAGUCGCACAACGUGCUGCUGUCACCGCAUAUGGAGGUGAAGAUUUGCGACUUCGGAUUGUCACGCUUGAAGUCGGAAUUGAUGACAGGGACCAUGCAGUUUGCCGGGACCCCCAGCUACAUGGCUCCUGAAGUCUUCCGCAAUGCCAAGUACACUGAGAGUGUGGAUGUCUUCGCCUUUGGCACCUUGAUGUGGGAAGCCAUGGCCAAUGACAUCCCCUUUGCAAACCUGGAUCCCGCUGACAUCCGCGAGCGAGUGGUUGAAGGUCGGAUGCUGGAGAUCCCCAGCACAGCGCCGAAGGAAAUGCAGCAGCUGAUCCGCGGCUGCUGGACCUCGGACUACAAGGUUCGACCCUUGAUGUCUGAAGUCCUGAAACAGCUGCGCUCCUUGAAGGAGGGUGCGCGUCGUCCCAAGACCGCCAGUGGUCGGCCGGGGCGCUGA